AUGAGGUUCAAGGCUACCUUCGAUUACAAGUGCGCCGAUUACGUCGGUACCCUGAUUGAGAAAACCUUUUGCGACUCCGCUGGCGCAGCGGGGCCCUCGCGGGGGGCCAACAAUAAAAGAAGAAAUAACAAUGCAGUGGGAGGCAACAUCUUCGGCAACAACGAUAACACUCCCGCGGUGCAGCAGACGAUCAUCGUGACGUUUGAUCUCCAGCGGAUGAUCAUCGUCCUCAGCGAGCGCACUGCCAACGACAUGUGGAACGUGGAGAUGAAGACAGACACGCUUUUUCAAGCCUUCGGGCCGCGGGGGCAAAAGUUGUAUCACUGCGAAUCCAUGCAGGAAAACACUAUCCACCUGUCGAUGCCCGUAUGCAUUGCAAAUAUUUGUCUGGGUCUGGAAGUAGACUGCCAUAUUGUUUGUCAUACCUGUCUGACGUGACAGACUAGACGAGACUCUGUGAUGGGUGGUGCGCACGAGAAAAUCUUGCAGCUUGUCAUGCAAAAACGUAGUUUCCGCAUGCCGUGCGGACGAGUACACAACUCAAAGCAGCCCAAAAGCUUAUCAUGAUGCUUGGCUUCGUAUCAUUGCAACGCGUCGUCCAUCAUGCGCUUUCUACCAGUACAGCUUUCGCUUUCCAGAGCCACACAUGUCUGCAUUUUGGAUAGCCCGCAGCGCAGUUCGCGGACGCCCUCAAAAAGCCGAGCAAAGAGGACGAGAUGCAGGUCGUGGAGCUGAAAUUGACCAAAGACCCGGAUCGGGGCAACAGCCCGGCCCUACUCGUGAAGAAAAAAACGCAGACGUGCGGGGUCGUAAACACGAUGAUCCCCUGUUUUGUCGUCCAGGAUAUCGACCGAGUGCCCACCAUUCCCGACGUGGACAACGACGAACUCGUGAAGGUCCACUUUGAGGCGGUGAAGGAGCUGAACCAGUCGCUGUCCGUGUACCAGAAACUACUUACGAAGUGCGACAAAAUCGAUUUCUUCGUCGAGAAGGAGCGAAGUUACCAACAAUUGAUCGUCACCGCAAUGUAUCAAAUGCAAAAGUGUCUGGCUCUGGAAGGUUGCAACUUGUCAUGCUAAAUCUGAAUCAUGCAAAAGAUCUGUGCUGCAUGAUUACCAACAGCCGUCCCUUUUAUACCAAGUCGAGCGGGAAUUUCUCAUGCAGGAUAGGCACGAUAGACAUCUCACAAAAUUUGUCAUGCUAGGUGCUGCACUCCAGACCUCAUGGGUCAUAGAAAACCUGCAUGACAAAUCUGGCAUCCUUCCAGACCCAGACACUUUUGCAUUUGAUACAAUGACGCCGCCCGACAGCGAUGUGGAAGUGAAGUCGUAUUUCAAAUUUCCGGUGGUAAACAGCGAAAACCUCGAGUCCGCGCGGGCGGUCUUGUCUUUGAAACGAUUCGUGCCGAUAUCCUGAGUAAAAACGUACCCACACCAGAGUUGUAAUGCAAAUCUGCAUGCCAAAAAAGUUUCUCAUGCUGAGCCCCAUGAAAGGCAUUUUCUAAUCGUGUUUUGCGAUUUGUGAUGCUAUAAUCAGCAUGAUAUGCUAGACCUGUGAUGCUGCUGAACUACCUAAACAGGAUUACAUUACAAAGACAAACUUGUCAUGCGAAACAGCCAAAGCUGGUUGAUUUGUCUAGCAGAUUUCCCAUCUUGACUCUGGUGUGGGUACGUUUUUGCUCAGGAUAGCCGAACCUGAAGAAACUCGCCCGGGUCAGCGAGGGCUACGGCCUGGAAUAUUGUAAGGAAAAAUCCCCCCUCCCCAUAUCGAGAAGGUAUGUUUCCGAAAAUUUGUGUUGCUGAUUUGAGACCACAAAUCACGUCUGUCUUGCAAGAAGGCAAGUGUAGAGGCUUCCGCGCCAUUAUGGAAGCGCUUUGGCAUGCUGUUGCGCCUAGGGGGCAGCCGUUUGUAAUGCUAAGCAACUAGACCCAAACGCCCCGACCUAGGCCGAAGAUCUGGCUGCGCUGCCUUACUGCAAGACAAAUCGGAUUUGUGUACGCAAAUCCAGCAUCCGAAGUUUCGUUUUGAUAUGGGGAGGGGGGAUUUUUCCUGUUGAUAUGGAAAGCAUUCUGUUCGCGGUCUGCAACCGGUUUGUCGUGGUGUAUGUCAUGCUUGCCGACAAUAUAGGGGUGCUCACCUGCUUCAAUUUAGGCUGUGCGGACGAGAUGAUCGGAGGGGCUGCGGGGGGAUGAUGCUGGAAGCACGGGGGCGUUUCGGGCCAAGAAUAAAGGCUGUUGUGCUACCGACACAGUGUCCUUUGCCAGGAAAGCAUAAAGUUAAAGUUAUAAGGAGUUCUCGUUGCACUCGCUGCUCGAUUCCGACAACUGUUGGCAAAUCUUUCUUCAUUCCGUUCGCAUCUCACGAACGAGAAGCGAAUAUAGCAU